CCCACGAUGCCCCAGUUUGUAGUUUCUACAUGACCUUGCUAGCUAGCGGGCGCUUACCAUAACACAAGUUUGUAAGCAAAAACAGAUAUACAUACACUGUGUAUGUGACUUUCAGCAUUCAACAUAGAAAUAGAACACUGCCAUGGAGACUGACAACAAAGACGGGCUUUUCAGUACGACACUAACUUGACUUGAGGGUCCUCCUCUUGCUCGAGCUGUAUUGUUACAGAACAGGUGGCAUGACUUCAUCGACCCUCCAUCAGUCUUUGCCCGCAAACCUGGUUCCUGGCAUGCUGGGAUUGUCUGGCGGUGCCGAGAUGGAGCUUCAGAAGAUGCUCAUUGAUGAGAGGGCAAAGUGUGAGCUGCAUCGGCGCAACUAUGAAACUCUUAAGGCUGAACACACCAGCUUGCAGGAUGAGUUUAUGCAAGUCCAGGGGGAAGUUAAUUAUAUGCAGGCUCAGCAAGAGAAGCUUCAGCUGCAACAAGCAGAGAGGACAGGAGAAAUUCUGGAGAAAAACAGGGAGCUGGAGGAGCUCCGACUACAGGUAAUGACUCCUCAGCGGCUGGAGUUGCUCAGAGCUCAGGUGCAGCAGGAGAUGGAGGGUCCGGUCAGAGAGCGUUUCUCCAAAUUGGAAGAGGAGGCAGAGAAGUACAGGGCAGACUUCAACAAGCUGCGCUAUGGCUACACUGUGCUUAACGCCCAGUUUGAACACCAAAAGGAGGAAACCGCUCGUCUGGUGGAGGAGCAGAAGCUGCGCUAUGAGGCUGAGAUCUCUCAUCUGGAGAAGGACAAGGAGAACCUGGUGGCCCAGUUCCAGAAUUUGGACCCACUUCAAGACAGGAAACAAGUGGAGGUUCUGCUGAGGGAGAAAAGCCAGCUCAGCUUGCGUUUGAAGGGUCUGCAGACAGAGGUGGUGGAGUUGCAGGCCCUUAAGGACAACUCGGAGCAGCAGGCUGAGAAUAUUCAACGUGUUCAGAACCGACAGCUUUCAGAAUCUCAGGCUGCUAUAAAAUCUCUUGAGGCCGAGCGUCAGUCAUUGCGACUGCGACUGGAGCACAUGGAAAGCGAGCUUGGUCUCAGCAACGAGCAGUACAACCAACUCACCAGACACUUGCACAAAGCUGAGAAACAAGUCACCUCCCUCACCAACCAGAUUGAAAGCCUGAAGCAUUCUCAUAAGAUGGAAGUGGCGAGCGUCAAACUAGAGUGUACUCUCUCCAAAGGCGAGGUGGAGAGGGAGAGAGACGCCCUGAAGGGCCAGCUUGAUGGCCUGCAGACGGAUGUGGAAGUGCUCAAGGCUGCGGUGGAGAGACAUAAGGAAAUAGUUGUAGAGAAAGAGAGGGAGCUAGCCAGGAAGGUGCAAUCUGCACGUGAUGAAGAAAUGUACAAAACCACCGUCUUGCAUGAAGAAAAGCUGGAGUUGGAGCACCGCCUGGCGGAGUUGGAGCAGCAGAGGGCGCUGCAGGAUACUAAGGAGCAAGCCCAGAAAGAGGAAUGGGAGGGGCAACUACGGAUUGUUCAAAAAGGGGAGGAGUCAGUGCGCAAAGAACUGCAGACGCUAAGAGCUCGAUUAAAGCAGAAAAGCUCUCAGCUGGAGGAGCUGGAGAGACAGACAGCAGUCGUGACGGACUUAAAGCAGAAAAACCAGGAACUAUGUGGGGAACUGGGGACGCUGUCACGCUCCGAAGCUGAGCUGAUGGAAGCAAACCAGCACCUGAGAGCCAAACUGGACGGUGUGAGGGAGGAGCUGAGAACAGUCAGAGCUCAAGCUGAGAGGAGCCAACACGAGGCUGAGAGGCGGGCGGAGGAGAGUCAUAUUGAGUGGCUGGAAGAGAAACACAAGCUGCAAGAGCGAGUGGCCAAGCUAGACGAGAAGUACUCUCAGCUGAAAGAGAAGCUGCAGAGGGCAGCAGUCGCCCAGAAGAAGAGGAGAUGCCAGAUGCAGAACAAAGAGAAGAGCCUGCAGAAUAAGAUCCAGCUGUUAGAAGCACAAAUGGAGGAGGCCAAACUAGAAGCUGCUGCAGCUAACAAACGUCCACUUCACUCAGAGGAGCACGCUCAACUGCGCAGAAGGUUGAGGGAGCUUCAGAGAAGGCAUGACGAGUUCCGGCGCCUCCUGCUGGGUGACCACAGCUCCUUCAGUUUUGGCCCCGCUCUCCUAACCUCCACACAGGACCCAUUCCUCAUGGUGAACACGGCAUCUAACAUACCAGAGGAAGAGGAACACAGGGAGAUGGAUCUUCUGCGUCAGCGGAUGGAUGACCUGGAGAGAGCCCAGCAGCAGCAACUGGAAGAACUGGGUGGUCUGGUGCACAAGGAGCACAUCCAGCAAUGACCUUUGACACAAAGGAGAGACACGUUGGGCUUGAGUUGGAGAAACAAUUAUAUAUUGUUUAUUGACAUUUACUGCUGACAGUGCACAUUUUACAUACUGCGAUCAUUUACAGAUAAACUUAUUUUUCUUAUUCUUAUUUUCAUAUAAACGUAUGUUUGUAUAUGUACAUAUAUUUACAUAUAAAUUUGUAUAUAUUAUAUAUUUACGGGUGUGUACACUCCUGAUUUUAAGACCAGUUGAAAAAUUGCAAGAAUUUACAUUUUGCUGUGUUGGAUCGUAAGUUACAUCUGCUUCCGUCUCCCUCCAUUGUUGAGUCGCAUCUACUGUGUUGUGUGCUUUCACAUCCUGUACCUCGUGGUGACCACCGGGUGGCAGUGGUGACUUGUAUUGUGACGAGUGUCCCCUUGUGAUGUUUUUUUCUUUUUUGUGAACAAGUUUUUUGUUGUUGA